AUGCCACAAACCCCGCCGAAAUUCUCGUUCAGCCGGAGUCGUGACCACGCUCACCGGCCCACGACCUCCUCGCCUCUGUCCUCCUCCCCAAUACGAGCCUCCUCAUCCUCGCCGCCGCCGCUACCACCCCCGCAGCAACAGUCAACAACAUCGCAGCCGCUCUCACCAUGCGAUCCCAACGCACUCAACACUCCACUACAACAGCGCGGGACACAGUCCUCUCCGAUUUCUGGUCCAUCCUCGUCAUUAUUCUUUGGCAGCAGCUGCAACAGUACUCCUCAAACUAGCAUCAGCAGCGGUAGCUGUAGUAGUAGCAGCAGCAACAGGAAAUCCCGCUUUGCCACACGCAACCCGCGGCCCAACCCCGUCGUGAAGCGACGCGAGGAGGCGCAGGAGAGCAGGCGGCGGGUGUUCCUGCAGAAUGUGCGGCAGAGACAGGACGACAAGAGGUGGGAGAUGCGGGGCGGGGAGGAUGAGCUCCUCAAACUCGAGUGGUAUCGCCUCAAUCGCGAGAGGCUGCAAGCCAGGGACGCCGAGUUGGACGAAUAUCUGGCCGCGAUGGACGCGGAUUUGGUGGCGCAGGAGGAGGCGGAGCUUCGUCGGAUAUGGGAGCAGCAGCAACUGCAACAACAACAACAACUGCUGCAACAACCCGGUAAUGCGGACGUGGACGCGCUGAUGGCGGAUGUUAUCGCGCAGGAGGAGGAGGCGGAGCUGGAUGCGUUGGUUUCUGCGUUGCAGGCUGACUCUGACGGACAACGACAGUCGACGCAUUUCUCGGAUGAUGAGGACUACGAUGGGCUUUUUAUGGAUCUCAUUCAACAGCAGGACCGGGAGAGGAUAUGUUACUCCCAGGAUGUGGAGAUGACCUGA